AUGUCAGUCUUGAAACAUCGAUGCAGCGCGAUGGAUGACCGACAAACAGAUGCGUUCUGGAGUUUUGCAGGGGAUGGUAGUUGCUCUUCUCCUAUCGAUAGUUUUGCGUUUGGGAUCAACAAUGCAGAUGUUGACCGCAUCGCGUCUCUCAAGGAGGCUGCCAAAUCGGGAGCGCACCAGAACGGCGAAAAGCAUGAUCCAUCCGAGUCGUCACUGUGCGCCUGGAUCACAUGGCUGGACUGCGCAGAGCGGGGCUACAAGCGACUCUAUGGUGCACCUGUCCGAAUCCCGUACGCAAGUCUAUCUUCAACGUUCUCAAGGACGGGCGCGUCCCUUCCUAACAAUGAAGCCGCUCCCUGCGACAACACGGCUGGGGGGUGCUCCACAUCUCGGUGGAUGCGUUUGCCGCUGGAUCUCCAGUCGAAGGUGAAGACACCUAUUUUUCCUUUGCCAAUGGAGUACAUUCAGUCCGACGCUCCGCCAGCUUACCUGUCUUCUCGUCCCACGUCAGGCCUCACGCUGUCUUUGGCGCCGCCAACGUUCGAGCCCGCAUCUCCGGAUGUUUUCUACUUCAACAACGGUGGAUGUCUCCUCGUCCACCCAAACGACUUACACCCUUAUUCCAUGGAGCUUCACAGGAAAGCAGAAUCAGCUUGGAGUGGCGCGCUGGAGGCUGGCGAGGACGGGUCACGCGCGGAUCCAGGCUCCCUCAAGGCGGAUUCGGAAUCGAAGCAGGCGCAGGGCUCAUCGAAGACGGUCUCAGGUCACCAGCCUUCGACAGGAACUUCCGCUACCGAGCAGGAAUCUGGCGCUCACAAGCUCAAUGGUCAGGAUUCUGGAGAGCGCACCGCAGAAGUUAAGGACUCAAAUGCGUCGGGGAGCGCGGAAGAAGACGGAACGAACGCAGUCGCCUCAGGUCAAGGCGGAGACGCUGCACAACAAACCAGGCACGCGCAGAAGCAAAGUCUGGAGGAGGAACUUCUGAACGAGCGCCAAAGGCGUCGAUGUCUGGGCGUUAGCAGGUACGUCUGGAGUGAACAAGGGAAGAAGAUUCUUUUGGCGAAUUCCUCGGGGCUCUGGAUUUAUGACCGAUGCUCUGCAAUCGAGUCCCUGACCCACGGGGAAGACGCAAAUCUCACAUCAAAGAAACCCGCCUCGAAGGAUUGCGAGAGUCUUGCUUUCGAUCAAGCCGCGUUCCUGGUCACAAAUCCCUUGACGCGGACAGCCUACUCCGCGCCCCCGACCGGGAAAUCUGGUUCGCAGGACGGCAGCGCUGCGGCGGCUAGCCAGUCGGGACUCGCCUCUUCAGCAGAUUUGACUUCCGGCGAAGAGUGCGACACUGUGAAAGGGUUCGCUGGCGCGGCUGCGCAGCUGCGCCACGCAAAGGACAAAGCACUCCACGCCGGAAAUCCGGAUAAGAAUGUUCGUGGAGAAGUCGCGUCUGCUGAAAGCGCGAAGCGUCUGGUGUCGAUCCAUCCUUCUGGCCGGAGUCGCGCAUUCGGUAGUGCGCGGCUUCUUGUGCCUCGAAAGAAGGAGGGGGGACGCUCUAUUCUGGAUUUCUCCUUCUCGCCGGAUGGAAGCCGCGUGGCCUUCGUCCAUGAUCAGGAUAUCCACGUCGCCGCGUUCCCUUCGACUGAAAAACCGACGCACCCCGAGGGGCGAACAGGAUCGUCGGGUGGCGCUUCGACGGCCCAGGGUGCAACGCACGAGGAAACGGCGGCGCCAGAAAAGCCGUUAAACGGCGGAAUCUGCAUGCUCACGACGAGCGGAAAGAACGGGAGUCUGGUGAACGGCCUCGCGGAGUACGUUGCUCAAGAGGAGAUGUCGCGCAGUCGAGGCUACUGGUGGUCGCCUUGCGGAGACUUCAUCGCAUUCUGUCAGUACGAGGAGAAUCACAUCAAGCCGCUCUGUCUGCAGCGGGUUCAACUCCCGCAGUACCAGACGGCCGACACCGCGAGUGGGGCUGGCGCAGCGGCGUCGUCUGCCAGCGCGAAAAGAGACGGCACGACGAGCGCAGAGGCGGACCCUUCGAAGGAAGGACAGAAGGCAGAGGCUCGGCUCUCUGUGCCCGGCGCCUCUGGUGGCGAGCCGCAGGCCGCGCAGGCUGUCGAUCGGGAAAUCGAAGAGGAGUGGACGGAAGAAGACGAACAGGAGGGGGAGGUAGGAGACUGCGAGAUGCUGAAGGCUGCGAGAGACAAGCUGAAUGGCCAUGUUUCGAGUGGAAAUGACUCGAAGAAGGCAGCAGAGGGACAUGCAUCCCAAGGAGGCAAGUCCCCCGAUAAGGGCCAAGGAGAGCCGGAAGAGUUGCUUAUUCAGGAGGAGCAUCACUUCCCGUUCGCCGGCUUGCCGAAUGUCCGCAUCCGGGUUGGUGUCCUGCAGGUACCCUCGGCGAGCGAGCUUCGGCGGGCAGCCGCGUGUCGGGCGUCGAGCGGCGAGGUUACUUGUCUGGAGCAGCAAGGUGCCGCAGAAGGCAAGUCGUCUUCCAGCUCUGCGUCUGCGUGCUCCUUGCCGGGGUACUCGCUGUAUGAGCCUCUGCAGGCUUGUCCUCGCUGCAGAACGUCCUGCGUGUGCCGUUCUGCUCCCUCGACCCCCGCCGGGCCGAGCUCUGCGCCCGGGAGAGCGGCCGGUGCCGCGCCGGGAUCGCCACAACGCGUAGAGGUUUCUUCUUCUGCACCUCUUCUGAGUCGCGAGCGCUUCCUGGAGCUCCCAGUCCACGACUGGAAAGAGGAUUUCUACGUCGCGCGGGCACAGUGGAUCGCUCUUGAGGACUGGAGCGACCUCGUCGUGCUCAAGCUUCUCACGCGCGAGGAAGCCGAGCUCAUGAAGGAAGGCCUCCGCCGCCCCGCACAGGCCAGAGAGGAGGCGAGUGGUCUUUCGAUGCAGCGAGAAAAUGCGGCAGCCGCAGAGACGGGAGACGCCCCUUCACCUCCCCCGGUGCUGCUUCUGCAGCUGCAGGAUCGGCUCCAGCAAGAGCUGCGGAUAUGUGCAGCUUUGCCGUGGCUUCCGUCGGAUUUCGGCGAGAGCCCAGCGGAACAUAGAGAGGAAAAGCUGCGCUGCGUCGUCUGCUUCACGGAGCGGUCUCGCUUCUGGAUCAACCUCCACGACGACCUGCACCAAGUCGGUAAAUCGCUUUGGUACCUGUGGAGCGCCGAACGAAAAACCAUGAACGAACUCUACUUGCAGAAUCUCGCGCUUCCGGAGCUCUCCUUCCGCCUCUCGGCGUGCGCCCCGCAUCUGCGACUCCUCUCCGUCCUCGCGCCGCCGACGCUGCCCCUGUUUUCGUCCUCUGGUCAUCGCUACGUCAUCUUCUCCGCCAACCGUCAAACUGAGGAGGCUCCUCCUUCCUCGACUUUCGUGUGCCUUGCGCAACUGCCGAAAGAGAGCGACUUGAAGAGUCUACAGCGCUGGUGUCUCUUGGAGGGCCAGCGAGAUUCGGCGCCCACGGAAGAGCGAGAAAAACUCCGGGGCGAAGAGAAAGAAGAGAAAGCAGGGUGGAAGCGAGGCACGUUCUGGGGGCAGCGAGGAAAGUGGAGGAUCGAGAUUCGCGAUCUUCACCAACCUUGGGCUUUCGUGACGAACCCGGCCGUGGAGGGUGUUCACUCAUUCGCGAUCGCAGACAAGCUGCCGCUCAUCGCCCACCAGCAUCAUUCGCGUGUCUCUCCACGCCAGAUCUGGAUUCGUUACAUUCCGGACUGGGACGAAGUGCUUCGCCGUGAGCACGUAUCCCCCGCGAAAGCGUCUCUGUUUUACUCUCUCUCCGCGGCGGCGCAGCGCGGGCAGGCGGUAUUUGAGCGCCAGCUGCGUCUCGAAGGCGAGGUGCGAAAGGAUGUGCAGGCAGCCCAAGAGAAGACGCAGAACGCGCAAGAAGAGGAUCUCCAGUGCUCGCAAGCGGUAGAAGAGGAAGGCGGUGUCACGCAGAGCACCCUCCUCCAGGGACAGGAAAUCGACCUCCAAGUUCUCCGUGGCUGCGAGCACCUUCUCUACGCCUAUGGAGACACUGCAGCUGCGGGAAUGGUCCUCCACGAGUUUCAGCAGGUUCAGCGGCUGUACGUGCGCGUGGUUCGGUCGCUCGUCGCCCCAGUGCCUUUCCAACUCGAAAACGAAGGCGAACGGCUGUAUGGCUGCUACUACCGCCCGAGCCCCGCCGUCCACGGGCCAGGGCCGUACCGCGCGGUUGUUUCGCUCUACGGCGGGCCUACUCUCCAGUUCGUGCCCGACGCCUUCGACCUCCUCAUGGACAUGCGGGCUCAGGCUCUCGCCAAACUUGGCUUGAUUGUCGUUAAAGUGGACAGCCGGGGCUCGUUCGGGCGCUCUGUCGCGUUCGAAAAGGCCGCCAUUCAUCGGCGCCUCGGCAGUGUCGAGCUGCGAGACCAACGCGCGGCCGUUGAGCAUCUUCGGCGCUUGGGCCUCGUCGCCCUCCACGCCCACGAAGCUGCUUACUCCCCCCGCGCUCUAGCCCUUGGCGCUGCGGGCGAGCCGCUCGCGCCAAACGCGGAGAAAGAAAAUAUGAAGAAGCGUGUGCGGUUGGAGAGCGGAAAAGGUAAAGCGGCGGCGGCGGAGACGCCGCGGCGCAGCCAGCGGAAGCGAUCCAAGACAGGGGCUGCAGGCGAGGAGACUCGCACGCCCCAGGCCGCUGAGGAGACCCCGGCGCGAGGCGAACAGGGCGAUCAAGAGCCGGUGGAGGACGCGGAGCUCGCGGGGAACGCCGGUGCCUUGGGGGGUGACGGCUUGGUGACCUCGGGGGUCGGUAUUUACGGCAUUUCCUAUGGAGGCUACCUCGCCGCCAUGGCGCACUUCACGCAUCCAGAGUUCUUCACCUGCUGCUGGAGCGCAGCGCCGGUGACCGCCUGGGAGCUGUACAGCACGCACUACACGGAGCGCUUUCUCUCGCUGCCGCAUCUGAACGCCGAGGGCUACAAACAGAGCAGUGUGUUGAGCCACGUGAAAUUCCUGGAGCCCCAGACGAAUCGCCUCAAGCUUCUUCACGGAUACCUCGACGAGAACGUUCACAUGCAGCACAGUCUGCUCCUCAUUGACAAGAUGAUACAGCAUCAGCUCCCCGCUGACUUUGUCUGUCUGCCGCAGUCUCGCCACGGUCCGAACAUUCCGUCUGAGCGACGGUUCUUCACUCACAAGCUUUUCCUCUUUUUCGCUGAGCACCUGCUUCCUCCUCAGCUGCGACCCAAAUGGCCCUCGCGGCAGCCGCGAAGCCCCGCGGUGCCUGCCAGCAAGCUCUCGCCGGGCUCUUCAGGCGUUCCGGACCCCUCUUCUAACUAG